CGUUCUAUAUGAAUGGACAUUACACAUGUUUUAUUUGUUUGAUUCGAAAAAAAUUUGUUUUUUUUUGUCAAAAAAAACAAAAAAUGUUUCGACCGAUUUUGAGAGUUAAUUUUUUGAUUCGACAAAAUUUUACCUUGAAAAAAACCUCGUCGAUAUCAUCAAUAGGCAAUAAUAGAUGGCUAGGUACUACAGCUAUACGUUGGAAUGAUAAUGAACAACAACAACAGGUAAAAUCAAAUAAUGAAACAACAUUUGCAACAUUAUUUCGUGAUUCACCUUAUUGUCAACUUGGUUUACCUGAAGGAAAAAUUGUUAUCGGUCAAAUUGUACAGGUUGUUGAUGAUGAUAUUUAUAUUGAUUUUGGUUUUAAAUUUUUGGCCGUUUGUCGCCGCCCGAAACAAAAUGCAAUAUCAUAUUGUCGUGGCGCUCUUGUUAAAGUUCGUAUCAAUGAUUUAGAAUUAAGUGAUCGUUUUCUUGGAUCAUCACAAGAUAUGACAUUAUUGGAAGCUGAUGUUACAUUAUUAGGUUUACAUUCAAGUCCGAUUAAAAAUGUUACGGCAACAAAAUCUCCAACAACCUAAUAAUUUUGAAAAUUAUAGUAAUUUUAAUUAAUUUUUU